UAUCAAACCUAACAGCAGAGACAUUAUCCCAGCAGUCAUCUGCCGAUUUCUUCAAAGCCAACAUGUCUGCCUCGUUCGCCUUCUUUGUUCUGGGUAUCUUGCUAGUUUUCCCCGGCUUUCAAUCAGCUUUUUUCGUAGAGGCUUCCUCCACGGUAAUGCGUAACAAUACACCUGAAUGCCGUCAGAAGCUUCUUGACUCAGGUUUUUUUGCACCAAUAGAAGCAGGAGGGAUUUAUGUACUCUCUACUGACUCUUACAAUUGGACGGACGCAAGAAAUUUCUGCAAAGGUCUUUGCUUGGAUCUAGCAGUUAUCGGUUACCCAAUGGAAAUACAAGUUUUGAACAAUGAGACGGAGAGAAAAUAUCAUGGAUUUGUCGAUUUAUGGACUGCUGGAACUAACACAUUCCGCGAGUCGGGACAGUUUCUAUGGCCCACUGACACAACCAUUACCAAUGACCUUUGGCUCGAGGGGCAACCGUCGACUGUCAAUGCGGGAGAGUCAUCCUGCGUUACUCUCAGAAAAGGUGGACUGGGAAACCAACCUUGCUCUGACACUAGAAAAGCUCUUUGCAAAAUGCAGACAACUGAUUUUAAAUAUUAACCAAUGCUGAUUCAAUAAAGUCAUUUCCGUUUAAAUGAAA